AUGACAUUUGUGUAUCUUUAUGAUGGACUCUGCUACUUAACUAUCGCCUUUGCUCCCUAUCGUCCACGAUCCCCUUCCUCACAACAUCUACGAAAUUCUGUUCGCAGAGCCAUACUAGUACAUACAGUGUUUGUCAGCUGUCGUUGUCGUUCUCAGCACACAUCCCAUCCCCUUUCGUUAAAACAAAAAAAAACGUUGGUUGCCAUCGUCGCAACAACAACAGAACAGAGCCGCGCUCCCAGCCAGCCAGCCCCCAUUGAGAUUCUCCGACUAACACCAAAACCGAAGAGAACACAAAUAGGCACCACCACCUAG